GCGUCUGCGCAGACUCUGAUGCCUGACUUCCUGGAGGAGCCAGAGUCUCUUUCACUUUCACAGAAGAUGAUUUCCAGCCGAGGAGCCUUGGCCAGGGACGCACACAUCAGUAGAAGAGCAGGAGCAGAAACGGCCAUCAGAGACAAGGAUGCCCUGGCCUCCUGUUUGGAGCAGCAUCAGAAGGGAGACGUGAAGCAGGACCAGUGUGAGCUGCACAGCCAAGCAUUGUCUGAGGGCUCUGUCACCAUGGAAGAAGCUCAGUUCAAGACAGUGGAUGGCACUGAGGAGGCUCAGCAUAAGGGUCAACCGGUCUUGGACCCCAUCCAUGACAAGAGGAAGCGGAUGAUCCUGAAGAUGCAGAGGAUCAAAGCCAAGUCAGAGAAGGACUGGAUGCUAGGAUCAGCAAUCACACGCUAUACGGGCCACAGUACCCUCGAAAGCUCCUUACAACUUCUGUGCUCAAGCAUUAGAAAAGUGAGAUGCAUUCUGAUGUCAGGAUCAGCAUUCACACCUAACGUGGAUCCCACUCUGCUCCGAGGCUCCUUACAGCUACUGAGCUCAAACCUCAGAAAUCUGAGACACAUUGUAAUGUCAGCCUCGGAAAUUACAUGUUUCACGGAUGCCACUUUCAUCAAAAUCUACUUACGACGACUGAGCUCAGAACUUGAAAAUAUGAGAGAAAUCCUAAUGCCAGGCUUAUCAAUCAUGCUCUACAUGGAUCCCACUACACUCCAAGACUCCUUAAAACUACUGAAUACAAGUCUUGAAAAUCUGGAUGAAAUUCUGAUGUCAGGCCUUUUUUCAUCAUUUCCAAGCUCAACGACGAAACACUUCAUGGAUCACAAUAUCCUCGAAGGCUCCUUACAGCUACUGAGCUCAAGCCUUGAAAAUCUGAGACAAACGCUGAUGUCAGACAAGCAUCAGAUUGGAAGAAGAGAGAAUCUUUACCAGACUGAGUCCUGGAAAACAAAGGAUUUGCUCCAAAAUUUCACAAAGCUACUACUUCUACAAAAAUCUUAUCCAAGAAGGUUGGAGACCUUAGCCAGGAAAAGCUGGCAUAAAAGCAAAGGAGAGGAUAGAAAACAUCUGAUUGAGAUCCAAGACUUAUUUCGCCCAACUCCAGAUACCCAAGAAGAGCCUCAAUUAGUCAUAUUAGAGGGAGCUGCUGGGAUUGGGAAGUCAACACUAGCCAAGCAGGUGAGGAGAGCCUGGGAGGAAGGCCAGGUCUACAGGCAUCGCUUCCAGCAUGUCUUCUACUUCAGCUGCAGAGAGCUGGCCCAGUGCAAGCAGCUGAGUCUGACUGAGCUCAUAAGCAAAGACCAGCCUGUGCCCGCAGCUCCCAUCAGAAAGAUCCUGUCUCACCCUGAGAAGCUGCUCUUCAUCCUGGAUGGCAUAGAUGAGCCAGCUUGGGUAUUGGAGGAGAAGAAUCCUGAGCUCUGUCUGCACUGGAAUCAGCCACAGCCAGUGCACAGACUGCUGGGAAGUUUGCUGGGGAAAUCUGUCCUGCCUGGGGCGUCCUUGCUCCUCACAGCUCGGACCACAGAUCUCCAAAAGUUCAUUCCUUCUUUGGGGCAGCCACGUUGGGUGGAAGUUCUAGGCUUCUCCAAGUCUGGACAGAAGAAAUAUAUCUACAAAUAUUUCACAGAGAAAAGAGAAGCAACUGCAGCUUUUAGCUUGAUUAAAUCAAACCCAGUGCUCUCAACACUGUGUGUGGUGCCCUGGGUGUCCUGGCUAGUCUGCUCUUGCCUGAAGCAGCAGAUGGAGCAGGGGAGAAACCUCUCACUGACCUCACGGACCACCACAGACCUCUGCCUGAAAUACCUUUCCCAGACUCUUCCAGGUGGUGCCCUGGGGACCCAGCUCAGGGAGUUAUGCUCACUGGCUGCUGAGGGGAUCAGGAGAAGAAAGACCCAGUUCAGUGAAAUAGAUCUUCAGAUCCAAGGGUUAACUAAGGAUGGCAUUGCCUCUUUCCUGAAGAUGGGUGUCCUGCAGAAGCAUCCUAGCUCUCUGAGUUACAGCUUUGCACACUUGUAUCUCCAGGAGUUCUUUGCAACAAUGUCCUACAUUUUACAUUAUAAUGAGAGAAGUGGUUAUGUGGAAAGUAUUGUAGAACAACUGAAGAAAUUAUAUGGGAGACAUGACCUGCUUGAGGCACCCACCAUGGGCUUCCUAUUUGGUCUUUUGAGUAAACAGGGGAUUAGAGAAAUAGAGAAGAUCUUUACCUGCAAGUUGAAUUCAGAGACAAAGUUGAACCUGAGGUGGCACCUCCUAGAGGAAACCCUUUGUCAUCAACCAUAUUCUCUGCAUUUACUCCAUUGUCUGUAUGAGAUCCAGGAUGAGGAGGUCCUGACAGAAGUGAUGCACACUUAUCAAGGAACAAGGUUGCAUGCCCCAGUGGAUGUGACACACCCAGUGUUCCAGACAGGAGUGAAGUACAUGGUGGUCCAGACAGACAUGGACCUCAUGGUGGUCACUUUCUGCAUUAAGUUCUGCCGCCAUAUGAAGAGGCUUCAGAUGAAUAGUUGUGAACAGCAGGGACCAAUGCGAACUGCCCCUAGGAUGGUUCUGUCCAGGUGGACCCCAAUCACUAAUGCCAGUUGGCAGGUUCUCUUUUCUACACUUGAGUUCACAGGAAGCCUGGAGGAAUUGGACCUAAGUGGAAAUCCACUGAGCUUCUUUGCACUACUGAAUCUCUGUAGGAUCCUGAGAUACCCUGGAUGCCACCUAAAGACACUGUGGCUUGUCAACUGUGGCCUCACAUCCAGACACUGUGAGGACCUGGCCUCAGUGCUCAAGGCCAGAUCCAGCCUGACUGAGCUAGACCUGCAGCUGAAUGACCUGGGUGACCAUGGUGUGAGGCUACUGUGUGAGGGGCUCAGGAAUCCUGCCUGCAAUCUCAGAAUCCUGAGGCUGGACCAGGCCCCUCUCAGUGACCAGGUGAUGAUGGAGCUCAGGGCUCUGGAGGCAGAGAAUCCACAGCUGCUCAUCUCCAGCACAUGGAAGCCACAUGUGAUGAUUCCUACUAAGAACCCAGAUGAAGAAGAAAUGGGUGACAGCCUGACCUCAUUCAAGCAGCAGAGACUACAGUCAGGACACAGGCACAUAGAACCACGGGGGACUGACGAUGACUUCUGGGGCCCUACAGGGCCUGUGGCUACUGAGGUGGUUGACAGAGAGAGGAACCUGUACCGAUUUCAAUUCCCAGUGCCUGGUUCCUAUCACUGUCCCAACAUAGGACUACACUUUGUGGUGACAAGGGCAGUGAUAAUUGAGAUUGAAUUCUGUGCCUAGACCCAAUAUCUGGACCAAACUCAUUUGCGACACAGGCACAUGGUGGCUGGGCCUCUGUUUGACAUCAAAGCUGAGCAGGGAGCUGUGGCUGCUGUACAUCUCCCUCACUUUGUGGCUCUCCAAGAGGGACAAGUGGACGUCUCUUUGUUCUGUGUGGCUCACUUUCAAGAACAUGGUAUGGUCCUAGAAAUUCCAGCCAGGGUGGAACAGCACUGCGCAGUACUGAAAAACCCAAGCUUCUCCCCAAUGGGAGUUCUAGUGAGAAUGAUCCCUGCUGUCAGGCACCUCAUCCCCAUCACUUCCAUCACACUGGUCUACUAUCACCUCAAUCUCAAGGAGGUCACCCUUCAUCUGUACCUGAUCCCCAACGACUGCACCAUCCGGAAGGCCAUUGAUGAUGAAGAAAUGAAGUUCCAAUUCGUGCAAAUAAACAAGCCACCUCCACAAGACUCAUUUUACAUUGGCUCACGAUACAUCAUUUCUGGUUCUGAGAAACUGGAAAUCAUGCCAACGGAACUGGUAUUAUGUUACAGGAGCCCCAGGGAAUCCCAGCUCUUCUCUGAGAUCUACGUUGGCCACAUGGAUUCGAGGAUUAAGCUGCAAAUCCGAGACAAGAAGCAUAAGAAUCUUAUAUGGGAAGCCUUGCUGAAACCAGGGGACCUCAGACCUGCACCGCUCAUGAUCCCUGCAGCCCACAAAGAUGCUCCUGCCUCACUACACUUCCUGGACCAGCAUCGGGAGCAGCUGGUGGCCAGAGUGACAUCCGUGGACCCUCUUUUGGACAAGCUGCAUAGUCGGGUGCUGAGUGAACAAGAGUAUGAGGCAGUGAGGGCUGAGGCUACCAACCAAGACAAGAUGAGGAAGCUCUUCAGCCUCAGCCGGUCCUGGACCAGGGCCUGCAAAGACCAAGUCUACCAAGCUCUGAAGGAGACCCAUCCUCACCUGAUCAUGGACCUCCUUGACAAGUAGCACAGGGUCUCUGUGUGAUCCUGACAUCUGGGGACUGAGUAUUCUCCUUUGAGUCCUGGCUCUGCCUGGGCUUCCCUUGGCUUUACGUUUCUCCAUCUAUAAGCCAGUGGCUACCUGAAUUGCCUUUAUGAUGGCACUGUUUCUAGGACAUCGUGGGAACCCCAUUGUUCCCUCUUAUCUUCCCCAGCCAGAUGUUCAUGUGGGAUGAUGAUCUCAGUGCUCUGAUCCUCUACAAUAGCAGCAAGGGCUCUGAACCACUGAGCCUUCUGUUCAGCCACCCUUCGUACUAUUGUUUAUCAGUUUCUUAACACAGGAAUCCCACCUCCAUAUGGGAUGAUGGAACCAGCAAAUCUAUUCAUGCCUUGUACAAACGGCUCUUAUGGCCUGAGAGCCCACCUGACCCUCGACGAUACACGCAGAGCUGGGGCACAUGGGAAUGGAGACAAUGGGAGGAUACUUUCCCUGGAAAGCAAAUGUCUUAGGAUGUCUUAUGAAUAGGAAAGGAAAGUGACUUCUCAAACUUUUUCUACCCUCAAACCCUUUUCCCAAAUAAUUUUUACAUAAAUCUAGGUACGUAGAUAUAUGUGAACAUAACAAACAAUUCUACUGAAUAUAAAUAAAAGACAGCUGUUUGUAUGGAA